AUGGACCCACCUCGUCGGCUGUCGACGAGUUCGUCUGGAGAAGAGGAAGACUCACCAACGAUGUCCAACUUCAAUUCAUCAACAUCGCUCAUUCUUGUUCACGAAUCUGACGAGCCAUCGUCUCCCUUUGACUUUCCGGACGACGAAGAUGAAGUUCCAGAAAGUCCAGAUUAUGAAAUCCGGAGGUCCUGGAGUCCAGCUAUGAGCCCCUCGCUCGUCUUCCUAUAUUUACUCUCGCCAUACCUCAAGCUGGGUGCCAUGUUACUCCCCAACACGCAGCUUCCACUCAAAUUUGGAAUACCACCACUCGUCAUCUUCGCGGUUUUGACUGCCUUCGCCCGCCAAAUAUGGUACAUGCUCGCCCGAUAUAUGCGCAAAGCGGAUUUGGAGGAUAUUGUUCUCGAUGCGUUCGCACGAGGCCGAGGCAAGGAAAGACGACGAGCGUGGCUGAGGGCACUUGUCAGGGCUGGAACAGGCAUGCUGAGAGUUAUUUUGGCUGGAAUAUAUCUUCGUGAAUCUGUUCAUAACAUUCUUCCCCUCCUUCCCGACGAUCUGCCCUUUCCUCCCCAGCCAGCGCUGACAUUUGUCUUCGUGCUGACGCUACUCCCAUUUGCAUCGGUCGAGACUCUUACGGCUAAGCGUGUUGUAUACGCAACUGGUGCAUCCAUUCUCACAUAUCUAACCUGGUUCGUCUGUGUCGCCGUCUCUCAUGCGAACGGGACUCUGCAAAUAAAUCCCGGCUGGCUCAGAAUGGGAGCCUUCUGGCAAGGGAUCACUACAACGGCGUUCAUAUUCACGUCGUCGUCAACACUGCCAUUGUAUGCCUCGCUCAAAGCCGGCAUCCCCCACUCUGGACUCUCGAAGAGUCUUGUCUCACGCUCUUUUCGCACACUUUCUUCCCUAUCGGUGGCUGUUGCCGUCGGUUUAACACUUCCGCUGGUCUUUUUUACUUCCCGUAUGAACGCUGUCAUUCUGCAGGAACCAUUUGAUUUGCAAGCGGUCAUCGCAUUAGCCAACUCUCUUACCCUUCUUCUCGCCAUUCCGUCGACCCUUGUUACAACACCGUCGCUGCCGGUGUCUGAACGACUGCAAAGGUCAACGAUGUUGCCCAUCUCCAAGUAUCUCUUGUUUGUACUUGUGAUAUCUGUCUCCCUCGUUCCUGAACGCGUUGCUCGCGUCUUCAGUGACAUAUUACUCGCCAGCGCCUGUGCGGCUACCUUUUUCCUUCCAGCUCUAAUUCACAUCACCACGCACUUCUUCAAGAAGCCCCUGUCCAUUGUCAUUCCUCAACUACCCGCAACGCCAUCAGCCGCAGAUGAGCUCCUCCAGCGCAAAGAGGAUGCUCUGCAGAAGCGACAGUGGCGAAGGCGUGUUAUUUGGGAUAUUGGAGUCUGGACUCUCCUCCUGCCUGUUGGCGGAGGUGGGUUCGUUUGGGGUGCUGGACGACUUGCUGGCAAGUGGUAG